UGAAAACCUCCACUUCCGGUGGGGAGCCGAAGAAAGGGGGGCCUAUCAUCUCCCGGGUGAGGAAUAAGAGGGAGCGAGUGAGCACCUGAGAAAAAGAAGCUGGCCACAUCUCCAACUCUGGAUUGAGCCACUAUGCCGUCGAAUCCACAAUUUCACAAUCUAAUUCGGUUUCUAGACGAAUCGCUUGUAGAACACUACGGCGACGUCGGAGAAGGUUCCUUGGACGAUAUCAUAGGCUCACAAGUAGAGCUUCUGCAUGAUGCGAAUGAUCUGACCCGAACGGGAAAGAAAGCUGUUGUACACGAGUUGCUAUCACCCAUUGCUUCUGCGCCGAUUUUUGUUUGCAUUGGACUGAAUUAUAGAGAUCAUGCGAAAGAGGCUGGUCUUGAAAUUCCGCCCAAUCCAGUUGUUUUCACCAAACCUCCCGACGCCUUAGCAGGCCCGACUUCCGAAAUAGUUGUGCCUUCUGCGGCCAAAAUGAUGGACUAUGAGGCCGAAUUAUGCAUCAUUAUCUCAAAGACAGGGAAAAAUAUUCCCGAGGAUGAUGCGCUUUCUUAUGUUCUCGGGUUCACAGCUGGGAACGACUUGUCAUCGAGAUAUUGGCAGCGGGCUCCUCGAUCAGGCGGCCAAUAUUCUUUCGCAAAGUCAUUUGAUGGUUUUGCACCACUAGGCCCGACAAUCCUUCACCCGAGCUUCGCAACUGAGGAUCUGCAGGUUCAAACUCGAGUCAAUGGGCAAGUGAGGCAGAGUGCAAGCACUAAAGAGAUGAUUUUUACGGUUAAGCAAAUCAUCGCGCAUGUGAGUAACGGUACAACUUUGCGGAAAGGCACUGUUAUCAUGACCGGGACUCCUGCAGGCAUUGCGGGCAAGAUGCCGGGCCAGCCGUGGCUUAAACAUGGAGAUGUAGUGGAGAUUGAAAUUAGUCAAAUUGGGUGCCUCAAGAACAAGCUUGUCUUUGAGGGUGAACAAUAGAUUGAUUACCUAGUAACUAAUUCCCAAUACCUAACGAGA